AUGAGUUUUGCGUCACGGAGUCGACAGAACCAAGCAACACUAUUAUCAUUGUCGAUAAAUAAAAUAAAGCAAUUAGGAUCUUUCGGGGAGGCUGUUAAAAGGCAAAAGUUGCCGGAAUCAGGAUUCUCGAGGUCAACUUGGAAUCGGAAUGCGAACAGGAAAGGGAGUUCAAUCAGGAUUCUCGAGGUCAACUUGGAAUCGGAAUGCGACAUAUUGUGGAAAAUUUUGAAGUAUUUUGACGGCACCACGGACGUGGGUGCCGUUUUUGCAAUAUGGAAUACCUGCAAGCUGUGGAGGAGCAUAAUUCGUUCCUUUCCUUCCUUUGUUCGUUACCCGCCCUCCGAUCCCCGCUAUCCUUAUCUUCUAUCGCUCAAAGAUCAGACCUGUAGGUUCGUCCAUCCUUUCUAUGAUCAUACUUUCUGCUUAGAGUUUCCUGAAUUAUUAGAUACGCAUAUUCGCUUCUCUAAAUUCGGCUGGCUUCUUUUAACUCGAUCCGACUACACACACUUUUUGUUCAAUCCCUUCACGAGACACAAAAUCGACAUCCCCGCUAACUUUAUGCCGAAGAAUCAUUCUUCACAAUGCAUCAAAAUGUGUUUUGAUGAUCGCUGCAUUGUUGGAAUUGGUUCGCUCGGCCUCUUCUUAUUUGUUCCUGGUCGAUCUUGGACUCUAUAUAUGUUUCUUGAUAAUCAUAGCUGGGAAUCCAAUUUGUAUCCUAAGGAACUAUUCCAUGGUAGAGAUUACGAUAUGGCUUUUCACUCUCAUCCCGUCAUACAUAAAAACAAGUGUUAUAUUUUGGGAUUAGAUGGUCAUCUUCUCGUAUUUAAUUUGAACACGGGAAAAUUCGAUUUCAUCUGGAAGCCUUUUCUCCAAAAGAAGGCUGAUUCCGUCUAUAGAAGUUUCUUGGUCAUAAAUAAAGGAAAACUGCUAGGCAUAUUUGAGUUCGAUGACCGAAACAAAAUUCUGAUUCGGGAGCUAAAAUUAUCGUCGAAAAGAUGGCAGAAGGUGUCCGACAUAGGAGACAAAAUGGUGUAUGUCAGUUAUGGAUCAUCCUUCAUCGGAAUUGCUCCCACGGGAGUUGAAGGUGGCAAGAUUUAUUUUCCGCAAGUACUAAAAGAUGAAUCUGUUUUCUAUUCUCUUACUAGUAGAAGAUACCAAUCGAGUUCGAAUAGUUAUUCAAGUAAAAUUCCGGUUGAUGUUGAAGAACUCGCAAAUUGUACUUGGAUUGAGUCGUUGCCUUUUAAACAAAACUAG